GCAGAACAAGCUGCUAACGGGACGCAGAGAGACGGAGAGAGAGAGAGAGAGAGAGAGAGAGGACGGGCGAUUAUAUCUUCUCUGCCUCCCUCCUUCCGCCACAGCACGCGCUACCCUUCACGCCUUUUGGGGGACAUUACGACACACGGAGACAACUAAUGACGUCUUGCGAUGGACUCUUUUCCUCUCGGCGCCAAGCAGAGCACUAAAGUGUUUCCAGAAAAGGGGGAAGCGUUCAGUGGAAAUACUAUCUGAUAACUCCAUUUGCUCACCGGUCGGCUUUUACCUUUGAAGAGCCGAAUCCCUGCGCGGAGCUGGAGGCCGAGCGCGCGCGACAUAGUGCGCUGCUUUUUGUUGUGUUUUUUUCACCCUGUACUUUUUCCUGGGACUGUUUGCAGCCUACCUGUUCACCUAGAUACCAACUUUUCUGCUAUUGCUCGUAAAAAGGGCGUCGAGGGACGAUGGUGAAUCCUGGAGGCAGUAGCCAGCCACCGGCUGUGGGCGCGGGUUCCCUGUCUUGGAAGCGAUGCGCCGGCUGUGGGGGCAAAAUCGCGGACCGCUUCCUCCUUUACACCAUGGACAGCUAUUGGCACAGCCGGUGCCUCAAGUGCUCCUGCUGCCAGGCCCAGCUGGGAGAAAUCGGCACGUCGUGCUACACAAAAAGCGGCAUGAUUCUCUGCAGAAAUGAUUACAUCAGGUUAUUUGGAAACAGCGGCGCCUGCAGCGCUUGUGGUCAGUCGAUUCCAGCCAGUGAGUUGGUGAUGAGGGCGCAGGGUAACGUGUACCAUCUCAAGUGUUUCACAUGUUCCACCUGCCGGAACCGGCUCGUCCCCGGGGAUCGGUUCCACUACAUCAACGGCAGCCUCUUCUGCGAACACGACAGACCCACAGCGCUCAUCAACGGCCAUUUGAGUUCUCUGCAGACGAACCCACUGCUGCCCGACCAGAAGGUGUGUUAGGUGGAGCUGAGCAGGAAGCAGGACGUGUGCCUUCAUUUGAGCCCUUUCAUUGUCACCUGAGACGGCGUGGAUCAGCAGCGCCCCGUGCUCCCAGGCCCUUUCGCCCUCCAGCAACCCUCGACCAUCUCACUUCUUAUUUCUGCAACUCGCUGGCUUCUCCCCAGUUACUGUGUGGGUGGAUAUUUGCACUUUCCCACACCUGAGACGAGGCGCUUGGAUUUGAACGAAUUUAUCUGAACUCUGUAAUAAUCAGAGGGGACUCUUCAGAAAGAGAAAAGAAAAGCAACACUAACAGGAUGUUGUGACUGAAACAGAAAGACUAAUGAGGUUGAAGAUUUGCAGACUUUUCAACGCUGCACAUUUGUUUAAAGACAUUUUGGAGGGAAAGGGACUUUUUUCCCUUCUAUUCCUUUUCUAUCCUCAUUUCCCAGCAACAUGAUGUUUCUGCUUUCUAUAUUUUAAGUGUUGUCAAAGGGAAAUGCGUUUUUUCUUUUGAUGUGAUCGAUAAAAUGGGGUUUAAAACUAUCUGUGACAUUUUGUGGCAAACAGAUCAUGAACACUCUGUAGGUGUAUUUGUAUAACUACCAUGUAUGUACAGUAUGCAUGUAAAUGUCAUUGUCCAGGCGUGGCUACAGUACAUGGGACCCCUGCGCCUCCCGCUCCUUCCCCACGAACCGAGGCAACCUGCAGAUAUCCGCUCAUAGUGACGUAGAAAUCAUUCCCGACAUAUAACUGCCGAAUGAAAGAGAAAUUUAUUAGUGAUAUUUUCCGAGACAUUUGCUCCAGUAUGGUGUAUUUAAUUAAUAAAAAUAAG